AUGCCAAGCAAUGCGGAGCCUACGACGCCGUUUCCACUUUCAUUCUUCUUCUUCACAUCGCAUUUUGUUUGCACUACUUACAGGCGCUUCAAGCAGCCUCACUCGUGGCGCCGAGAUCCAAUUGCUACGCUUUCGAUAACUCUAGCCGCGUCGUCGAUUUUCUGGAUUGGACAUCCGUUUGAGUACGACGGGAAGGACUCCGACUUGGUGCUUCGAUUUUGCAAAGAUGUGGAGACUAGAUCACAAACGGGAUAUGUAGAUUUUGGUCGAUUUGAUAAGUUCAACUACUUUGUUUCUGGUUCAGGACACGUUGACUUUGUUCAAGGGUUUUAUAAUGGCGACCUGGCGAAUUGUGAGCACAGUUAUGAUAAAUUGGGACGAACAGCUCAGGUAAACAUCAUAUGUGGAAGUUGUUUAAAUGGCCAAUGCACAGGUGGACUUGGAUGCAUCUGCAAUGUCAAUUAUGAGUCGAGUUGCAGAGUUUUUCUCGAACUAGCUAUUCCAUGCGAGAAACCAGGUCCACGAGUAUUUAAGGGCUUCACUGUAGGUUUCCAUCCACGGUCAUGGGAACUUGUUUAUGAUGGCAUGACUCAAUUGGGCUAUGAAAAGUCUCACCAUGAGUUUAGCUUUGGGACUGAGCAGACACAUGUAACGUUUUAUAUGACUGCAAUUGCUUCCCUUUCCACUUUGGUGCGAAGACCUAUUAUUAAGGUCUUGCCAGAAAAUGGUCUGGAGGUUAAGGUAUCAGGGUCGGGAGCAACUGGGAGCCCUCCUACAACUUUGUCACCCACAAUGUUAAAUGUUGAUUGGAGAUGUGAAAAGGCUCGUGAUACUCCAUAUGAAGUUAAUAUCACUAUCCCAGUAGAGGGUUACGAGCCCAUCCAGUUUUUUCUUGCCAAACUGUGUGAAAACAGGCAGAACCAAAAUGGAGACAGUGCACGAGGAUGGGCUAUAUUUGGGGUGUUAUCCUGCAUAUUCGCUGUCUCAUCGGCCCUGUUUUGCUGUGGAGGAUUUAUUUACAAGACUCAAGUUGAAAGGAAGCGUGGGAUUGAUGCAUUGCCGGGAAUGACAAUUCUAUCCGCUUGUUUAGAAACUGUGAGUGACGGAGGGCACAGCUACACCCGACAAGAAGACCUUAAUACUACUUUUGCCAGUGAAGCCUCUUGGGAACGCUCUUCUGCUUCUAGUCAAGGAACAUCAAGGCCAAACGAAAGAAAAUACGGUGCAAUUUGA